GAAGUCGGACGCUUAACCGACUGCGCCACCCAGGCGCCCUCCUUGUUUCUUUUUAUGCCUUGUGAUCGUUUGUUGAGAUCUGAAUAUUUGGAAAAACAGCCACUUCUCUCAGUCUUUACAGACUGACUUUUUAUAAGGAAAGACCUUCUCCAGACAGGCUAGCAAUUCUCAAAUCUUUCCUGGGGAUGUAUCUUCUCUGGGAUUAUGUGUAUAAUUUCCAAGUGAAAGAGGUUUGCCCCUGUUCUCAAAAACUUAAUAUCUUGUUCACCCUGGUUUCUUUAUGCAGUACUGCAGUCUCUCUGUUGCUAUAACAAAUCAUAGAGUUUGCCUUGUUCUUGGCAGCCUCUAAUCUCGCAUCUAAAGUGCGCUACUGCUUCCUUCAGAACCCCAAGUCAAGAGAGAUAGAAACCAGUCUCUCAAGCAGCCCUUGCAAAACCAGAACACUAGAUGCAGGUUCCACUCUUCUUUUUUCCCCCAAGGGAGAAGCUAAGACUUGGGAGUUUUGUCCUGAUCACACCCUGUUGUGCCAGGGUGAAGCCGAGCAAAUGCAAUGAACCUUCUUACCGGCUUCAACGCAGCUCUUCUUGGCUUUGUGUAUGCCUGGGUGACUACAACCACUUAAAAUUGUUUCUGGAAUUCUCACAAAGGCAAUAUGGUCUAUAUAUUGCUCUUAAGUCAGUGUCUCCACGGCAGAAUGAGGUCCUAGUGCUUCCUAUUCCACCGUCUUGCUGACAUUACUCCCAAAUUAUCCUUAACUUUUACCAUACAAAAUGAUAUUGCAUUUAGGUAUUCCAAGUUGAAUAAAAUUAUUACUUCCCUGGGCUACAAUGUAAAUGUUAUAGUUACAUUUUCAACUCAUUUUCAGCAGAUUAAUGUUACCUAGUUGUGAACAUAUGGCAAUGUGGGCUCCUCAAAAGCAAGGGUCAUCUUUUUAUUAUCUCUACUGUUAAUAAGUACGGUAUCUCAUACAUAAUAACUAUUGUGUAAAAACUGCUUAAUGAACGCUCUGAGUUAUAAAUACUUGCCUAGAGAAAAAAGUGUCAGUUUCAUUGCUAAGAACGUUUUUCUUUUUAAAAGCCAUUAAUGAUCUAAACGUAUCCACCCAGAUUGUGCUUGCUAAUGGAGAUAAUACCAAGGCUCUAAUAUAACACUUAUCCUUAGUUUUUAAAAAACUAAGCUUAUUAUUUUUAAUUAACUAAAGUCCAUACUUUGUUCAGAUUUCCUUAGUUUACACCUAAUGUGCUUUUUCUGUUUCCAGAUACCACAUCACAUUUAGUUAUCAUAUCUCCUUAGGCUCCUCUUGGGUUAGAAAGUUUCUUAAACUUCCUUUGUUUUUUAAUGACUUUGACAGUUCUGAAGAGUAUUGGCCAGGAAUUUUGUAGAAUGCCCCUCAACUGGGAUUUUUCUGAUGUUAUUCUCAUGAUCACACUGGGGUUAUGGUUAGGGGAGGAAAACUACAGAGGUAAUGAACCAUUCUCAUCAUAUCAUAUCAAGAAUACAUCCUAUUAUCAUAACUUACCACUGUUGAUGUUACUUUUGAUCAACUAGCUAAGGUAGUGUUUGGUUUCUCUAGUGUAAAGUGUACUCUUUUCCCCUCCUUUCUAUAUUUACACUUUGGAAGGAAGUCACUAUGUGCAGGAUAUUACCUUUCUGAGAAAACUUAGCCUGUUAUUUUGUAGCAUGUUCCACAUUCUAGUUUGCUUGAUUUUUUACAGUGUCAUUUAAUUUGCUCCUUUAUCCUUGCAUGUCCUGUAAGUCUCAAUUAUAUGAUUGACACUGUAUACAUCACAUCAGAUGAUAUGUAUCAUCAGAGUGACCCAUAUCAGCAAUCAUUCGGUUAGGAUGAAAACACCAGAGCUCUUCAUUGUAAAGGCACAUUUUUUUUUUUUCUUUCCUUUGCAGUUAGCAAGAAAUCUAUGGUGUAUGCUUUGGUGUCUUGUUCUUUGUCCAUGGAUAUCUGUGCUAUAAGAAAAUAAUAUACAAAGGUGAUGGCCUCAAAGCUCCUCUUACAGCAGUAAUUCUCUAUCUCCUCAUUCAAACACCUCCUGAAGGUCUACUCAGUUCUAGGCACUGCUUAGCUUCUGUGGCGAUGGGCUCUGUCCUUCAGCAGCACAUCCCAGUGCUACAGAGUGCUACAAGAGUUUCAAUAAAGUCUGACCAGUCUACACUGGUGAUAAGCACAAGGUGCUUUCUUUGGUGAUUUUCAUGCAAAUCACCUGCACCUGGCGCAAAUCAGCUGCAGCCUCACAAGGCUCCACCUUGAAAUUGUCUUUCACACAGGCCAACACAGGAAAGGCUGUGUCAGCGUGAGGGGAAGAUGAGGGAAAACUUUGCACCAGCAAGAGAAGCACUCAUUUUUCUCCCUGUUUGAUCAGAUCCUGGGGAGCUCAGCAUUCAUGGCCACCUGCCCCCCGACCCUUCCCCCACAGGCCUGGGCACGACAGGCUUUAGGCCACUGUUGGGGGAAGGGUGACCAAAAGUCAGGAAGCCCUGGGCAUUCAGGAUGACACCUGCCUGCAAAAUCUCCACGCACUGAACAUCUGGGUUCCUGCUUCUACACUGUGGGUUCCGAGAGCAGGACCACGGUGCCCCUCGUAGCCUCUUGGGGGAGGUGCACAAGGGUCCCAGGAUUGAGGCAAGGGCAGGUCCAAAGGAUACCAUCCCACCUUCCCCUUUAGGCCCAGCUGAGAGUUCACAGCAGGAGGUGAACAGGGUUCCAGGCACACCUCAUUCUUCCCUUGAGUUCCUCCACGACUGCACCUUGGAUGAGAUUUGUGCAAUCCAAAUCAGCCUUUGGAGGGAACAAAGCCAUGUCUUGAAAACAAAGCCAAACAACUAUUCUGAAGACACUAGAAGCAUCUGGGCAAUUUUAUGGUCAUCAGCAGAGCACUUCUGGGGUCUGAUUUGCCUAUGUCUUGAUUGCGCCUCUAGGUACUGUCUUACUUUUCCAUAUAUAUACAUAUACAUAUACAUAUGUAUAUGUAUAUAUAUUUACAUAAUUAAUUGCUCUAGUAACGAACCCUCUAGCUUCAUUGCCCUCUUUUAGUUUCUCUCGGUCUUUUUUCUUGCUACCAUUCUCCUUUCAGCAUGGAUUGGGUCAUUAUUAUGGCUGAACUGCCAGAAUCUUUGUCCCUUUCAUAGGCUUCAUGGGGUAGUGCAUCUUCGUGAGAUCUGCGAGAUCAUUUUGCUGUCCAUUUGUGUGGUAUUUGUGGUGUACUCUCCUAUGAUCCUGUUGCCAAAGAUUGAUUCUAGAGCUGCUUUCCGUUAAGUGGGCUGGGUUGUUGGUACACUACUAAGAAAGAAUGAGUUCAGCGGUAAGUAUAUUUUGCCAUGAAGCCUUUGGCUUGCCUCCUAUGUCUUCCCAUUAUGUCUUACUUGAACAUUCAGGACACUCUGUUCUAUAGGCGUGAUCUGACUGGCUCUAUCAGAACCCUCCUGUGGACCUUGUCAUAUGCAGAUAAGAUAAGCCAAGAGAGUCACAUUGAGUUUUCAGUGGCAUUAAAAUCUUUUGACAAGGGCUCCUGGUAACCCACAAAUCCUCACAACAGUUGUGGAGAUGUGUAAUGUAAUGUAUAUAUUUUUCAAACUGUAAAUGGGGUACCUAGGUGGUUCAGUCCGUUGAGUGUUUGACCUUGGCUCAGGUGGUGAUCUUGCGGUUUGUGUGUUGGAGCAACCGAGUUGGGUACUGUGCUGGGCCUGGAGCAUGCUUCAGAUUCUGUGUCUCCCUCUCUCUCUGCCCCUCCCCUGUUCGUGCUCUGUCCAUCUGUCUGUCUCUCUCAAAAAUAAAACGUUAAAAAAAAAACCCUGAAAUUGAGGUCAAUGUAUUUAUUGUAAUUCUAUUUCACAUUAGCAUUCUUUAUCUCAUCUAGUUAAACUUGUCAACAUCUGUUUGGGUGGUGUCUCAGUCCGCUCGGCCUGCUCUAACAAAAUCGAACACAGAAAUUUCUUUCUUAUGGCUCUGAGGGCCAGGAAGUCUAAGAUCAAGGCCCCAGCAUGGUUGAGUCCUAUGAGGGCCAUCUUCUCGAUUCAUAGCCAAACACCUUAGGGCUGUGUCCUCACUUGGUAGAAGGAGCAAGGGGUCUCUGUGGCGUCUCUUUUACAAGAGCACUAAUCCCAUUCAUGAGGACCUUAUGGUCUAAUCAACUUCCAGAGGUCCACCCGCUAAUACCAUCACAUCAGGCAUCAGGAUUCCAACAUAUGGAUUUUGAGGGGAAAUGAACAUAUGGAUGUUAGCAGAUGAUGACAUGACCAUGUGUUGUAGCAUCUCCACUUUGUGUGCCUUGGCUGGGAGUCUUUGAGGAAAUUACUGAAGCUCUCAUUGACUCAGUUGAUUCACUUGUAAAAGGAGAAGUGCCUUAGUGUUGUGGGAGGCCAUGGGAAAGUCCCCCACUUGAACCUUAACUCUUUGUGUUGGCUGGAUCAACAGAUUGUGAACUUGGCUCUAAGCAGGCCCUCUGGCAUGUUGAUUUCUUAACAGAUGCACAGUGGCUCUGAGGGGAUGAAGACUUGGCAGUCUAGUCAGCGACUAACCUGGAUGCGGCAGGUUCCUGAAAGUACCACAUGAUCUCUGCUUGUUUCCCUCCUCUCUUCCUUUGCCAUUUGAACACCCACCAUACAUGAAGAGGCUCAGGUGAUUGAUGUCUGAGAACAGGAUGCUGACUGUUCCCUCAGGUAUCAUCCCACAUAUGCCUGAGGACAUCCUGAGGACAUCCUGAGGACAUGCUAGAAUGAUCUCCAUUGGGCGGAAAAGACACGGACCAUCCCUGAGAAGCACAGUCGCGAAUCCGGGACCAGAAAGAGGUACCGGGGCUCUGGAUGCCAGAAACCCCAGUGCGCAGGAUUACUCAGAUGUUGGAGAGGUUUCCUUAACCCACGCUGGCGAUGCCUCAGGAUGUUUUCCAGGAGGUCACAUAAGAGCCACAUGCCACAGAUGGAGGAGAACCUGAAUGAGAGCCCCUGCUCUACUUCCCUGAAGGAAAGGAGGAAGCCCCAUGCCAUCAGCACGAAGCCACGCUGGCUCAGGGGUACAAAGGUCACACGCGGGGAUGAUAAUGAGAACUGUGUGCGGUGGACCAUCGAUGCAGGCCUGCUGAAGCAGCGAGUGGAACACCUCGUGCCCGCCUUCCUGGGGAGAGACCCCACAUAUGUCUCCACCUUCUUGGGCACGUACACAACCUUUACUACCACCCAAAAGGUCUUGGAAGUGUUGUUUAUGAGAUACGGAUGCUUCCAUUCGGAGGCUGAGGAGGAUGGCGGACCCCGGGAGCAGGAGAAACUGGCCAUCUCCUCCAUCCUGGGCACCUGGAUGGAUCACUACCCCGAGGAAUUUUUCCGCCCUCCAGACUUCACCAGCUUGAAGCUGCUGCGGGCGUACGUAAGGGUCCACAUGCCGGGCUCCGAGCUGCAGCGCCGCGCCCGUCUUCUCUACUCAUGGCGGAAACACCCUUUGGCAGCAGCUCUAGAGCCCCUUCCAGACGUGCCUCGGGAGCGAGCCCCCGCUAUCUCUGUGGUGCCCACUGCAACCUCGCAGCCCAGGCUGCCGGAAGCCACCAGUUCUCCUGGAGCUCAGCGCGUACGAGAAUCGGAGACCCUCACUGCACAGACCCCACCAGGGCAUGAGGAAUGGACCAUCGACGGAGGCUGGAUGCUACUGGAACAGCGAGUGGAGCACCUGGUACCUGCUUUCCUGGGUGGAGACCCCUCCUACCUCUUCACAUUCUUGAGCACGUACAGAGCUUUUGCUACCACCCAGCAGGUCCUGGAAAUACUGUUUAUGAGAUACGGAUGCUUCCAUUCGGAGGCUGAGGAGGAUGGCGGACCCCGGGAGCAGGAGAAACUGGCCAUCUCCUCCAUCCUGGGCACCUGGAUGGAUCACUACCCCGAGGAAUUUUUCCGCCCUCCAGACUUCACCAGCUUGAUGCUGCUGCGGGCGUAUGUAAGGAUCCACAUGCCAGGCUCCGAGCUGCAGCGCCGCGCCCGCCUUCUCUACUCAUGGCGGAAACACCCUUUGGUAGCAGCUCUAGAGCCCCGUCCAGACGUGCCUCGGGAGCGAGCCCCCGCUAUCUCUGUGGUGCCCACUGCAGCCUCGCAGCCCAGGCUGCCGGAAGCCACCAGUUCUCCUGGAGCUAAGCGCGUACGAGAAUCGGAGACCCUCACUGCAGCGUCCCCACCAGGGCAGGAGGUACUCCCAGCUCUGGCUGAUAGUCAGGAGCUGGAAGAGCCACCUGCCCCUUUGGUGGUCCUAGAGCAUGAGCAGCCCUCAGCCCCAGCCGGCGGAGUCACGGAAGGGCUGGAGCAACCACCUGCUGCAGCUGAGCAACCAGCCUCAGCUCCCCAUCAGCGGCUCAUGUCGGCUGCAGCCCCACAGGAUGAAUUCCCUCACCUCGACAUUGCGUUCUUUGUCAUGUUAGGAUUAGGCAUAGAGAUAUUUAGUGUACUUAUGUACUAUUGGCUUACACUUAACACAUAAAUUAAGUUUCAAAAAAUUUACUCUGAUCCUUUGAAAUUACAACUUCAAGUGUCAGUACGUA